AUGCCAUUGUUUUUUGUUUUAUUUUAUAGAAAAGCUGAUAUAGCCUUGAUUGGCCUGGCCGUAAUGGGUCAAAAUCUAAUAUUGAAUAUGGAUUCAAAGGGUUUUGUUGUGUGUGCCUAUAAUCGUACUGUCGAUAAGGUUGACCAAUUCCUUAAAAAUGAAGCCAAAGGCACAAAGGUCAUUGGUGCCACUUCACUGGCCGACAUGGUCAGCAAGUUGAAAACUCCACGCAAAGUCAUGAUGUUGGUAAAAGCUGGCCAAGCGGUAGACAGUUUUAUACAACAACUUGUGCCCCUCCUCUCACCGGGUGAUGUUAUUAUCGACGGUGGAAAUUCGGAAUAUUUGGAUACGGCUCGUCGUUGUGAUGAAUUGAAAGAAAAGGGUAUUUUCUUUGUUGGUUCUGGUGUUAGUGGUGGCGAGGAGGGUGCCCGUUAUGGACCUUCCCUUAUGCCCGGUGGUCAUCCUGAAGCAUGGCCUCUAAUAAAGCCUAUAUUCCAGGCGAUUUGUGCAAAAGCUGGCAAUGAACCAUGCUGUGAUUGGGUGGGUGAAGGUGGUGCUGGUCACUUUGUUAAAAUGGUCCAUAAUGGCAUCGAAUACGGCGAUAUGCAGUUGAUUUGUGAAGCUUAUCAUAUAAUGACAAGUUUGGGUUUGAAACCGGAUGAAAUUGCGGCACAAUUCGAUAAAUGGAAUAGUGAGGAAUUGGAUUCAUUCCUUAUUGAAAUUACGGCAGAUAUUUUGAAAUAUAAGGAUGAUAAGGGCUACUUGUUGGAACGUAUACGUGAUACAGCUGGUCAAAAGGGUACCGGUAAAUGGACAGCAAUUGCUGCUCUGCAAUAUGGUAUACCGGUGACACUAAUUGGCGAAGCGGUAUUUUCACGUUGCUUGUCCGCGUUGAAGGAUGAACGUGUGGCAGCCAGUAAGCAAUUGAGUGGACCAAAUACCCCCAUUAAAGUGGAUAAUCUCAAGGAGUUUUUGAAUGAUAUAAAACAUGCUUUGUAUUGUGCGAAAAUUGUCUCCUAUGCUCAGGGUUUUAUGUUGAUGCGUGAAGCAGCCAAUGUCAGUAAAUGGAAUUUGAAUUAUGGUGGUAUUGCUUUAAUGUGGAGAGGUGGUUGUAUUAUAAGGAGUGUUUUCUUGGGCAACAUUAAAGAGGCCUAUGAAAAGGAUCCCAAAUUAACAAAUCUCCUGUUGGAUCCAUUCUUUAAAAAGGCUAUUGCCACCGGGCAGAAUUCAUGGCGUCAAGUUGUGUCCAAGGCCUUUUUAUGGGGUGUCCCAGUACCUGCCUUAUCUACGGCUUUAUCAUUCUAUGAUGGCUAUCGUUCGGAACGUUUGCCAGCCAAUUUACUGCAAGCUCAACGUGAUUAUUUCGGUGCUCACACCUAUGAACUAUUGGGUCAAGAAGGUAAAUUUGUACAUACCAAUUGGACCGGAACUGGUGGCAAUGUAUCGGCCAGUACCUAUGAUGCUUAAGGAUAUAACAUUUCA